GUGUCAGGAUUGCCAGCUUGGCAAGACGAACCACUGCGAGCUUGUGAGCUUGUGAGCUAGGGUAUAUUGCUGUGUAACGGGUGGAGAGAUGAGAAGACAAGGAAAGACAACUUUGACUGACUGGCCAGUCCAUCGGUCUUAUUAAAGUAAAAGCACUCUUACUCUGGGACUUACCGCCCAGCAGAUCCUCUAUUCAGCUAACUACAGGAAAGGUCCUCACCGGCCUUUUCGCACAGGGGCCGAUGCAGCAGUCCAGUGAUGGGCGAGAAAUGCCAGCCUUGCAAAUGCUGCUGCACAGCAAGGGCUUCGUGUGAAAUUGUGUGGCGAUGCUUGUCGAGCUGUGAAAGCUGUGAGCUGAUUGGAUGGGAAACGAGCUCAUUGCGUGAAGGCUUUGUCUUCUGUGUGUGUCGCAAGCUGCUUGCAGUGGACGUUGUCAUUUUAUUCAGCGUGUGCUUGACUCGACUGAGUGUUUGUUUCGCUUGUGCAAUGAUGACUGGCUGGUUGUCCAUAGAAAGAACCCUCUUGACUCCUCUUCCUCUCUUCUCGUCACCAGCUAAGCUCGCUAACACGGGGCUGAUGUUGUCGGUGAAGCCUCCCCGUCCGCCGAGGGUGGUUUGCAUCUUGCUUUCGUCCGUGCAGCAGAUGCCCGAAAUUGAAACCGAAGGUCUGAACGAAUGCGAAGAAUACGAAUGCACACAGCAUGCGAGUGCUUUGGUCAGAUCAGGCAGAGAACAUGCAUCAUGUGUUCUGCUGUGCCAUGCAGGCGGCAUCAGUGGAUCCGCUUUGUUGGGCAUCUGCCACCAGCUGAAGGAGGCCGGGUUUGCGUGUGCCAUCUCAACAGUGGCGGGCGAGGUCAGCAAGAUGACGAGAGGGAUGCACUCAUGACUGCAUGCUCCUCGCAUUGCAUUUGGACCUGGAGUGUGUGUGGUGUGCUCUGCACGCAGCGGCCUGCACUGGUGGAUGUUGAUCUGAGUGACGAGAAGAUCCACCCCGACCUGCGCUCGCUCGUCGAUGACCCGCUGGCUAUCAUCGACAUCCGAGCAUCCGACUACUGUGCACUGCUCAUUCCGCACCAUCUCGGUUGGUCACAGACACAGAGAGCCAAUACGUACGGACGAAAGAAGGGAGAGAGUGUCUGUCGUGUGGCCGGCUGAGAUGGACGUGUAGGUGCGGCGCAGGACCUGCUAAACUGUGACGUGCUGGGUGACGUCCUAGCUGCCUUUCUCAAACAACACAGUAGCUGCCAGCUGCAACCACCUGAGAGAAGGUAUCUCAUUGAUUUAAUGGCCCCUGUCUGUUCAGAGCCCAUAUGCACCAUCGGCUACGGGACAUACGGUCUGUGCGCUAGACAGAGUCACGGCGACAGCAGCAACGGGUGGGUGGGCUGACUGACAAAUGGAGGGCCAGCCCAGCGUGGGUGCUGUGCUGCAUGCAUCACGAUAUCGUUGUCUGUGUGUUGCUGCCUGGCCAUCCAUCCGUCUGUCUGUCUGUCUGUCUGUCUGUCAGGUGGCAGUUUGCUGCAGGCCGUCUCGUGACGGGUGUGUCUGUGAGUGAUGAGUGUCGUCAUCCCCACUUCGCCAAGCUGCCGAUCGUCCUACAGGACUUCGUGGAAGAGAGCGGCGGCACAUUUGUGGGUACGGAUGGACACACGCAGAGAGCGCAGUGAGUCCUCCAACAUGGAUGCCAUGUAUGUUGUGGCGCGCGGGUCUGGUGUGGGCCGUUCAGAGUGUCCCAAUGACCAAGUGUGUGUCAUCGUCGACCGCAAUCUCGUCACAGGUCAGGCAGACAGCUGACAGCGGGUUGCGUGUUCUAUUGACUGACUAAUGGUCUGUCUAUGUGUGAAGGGAGUUGUGUGUCAAUGUGUAUGCAAUGCAGGCCCGAAUGAGGCCUCGACUGGGGUGUGCAUCCACAACCUGCUGUAUCUCUGUCAAGACGAUGGGCAGACAGCUGCCCCGUUGCUGAAUGGCCUGGGCUAGUGAGAGGGGGAAAGAGAGACAGAGGGACGUAUGCCGAUAGAUACCUUCCCUUUAUGAGUCAGUCAGAUGUUGUGAAUAGCUAUCUAGGGCCGUUGGCUGUGUUCUGCGUCCUUCCUUAGCG